CUUCACAACCUUAGACUGAAAAACACAAUUUGUCCGUAUUUAUGUUAAAAAUGAUGAUUUGCAUUACAGAUUGAUAUUACUGAUAGAAAAUAGCAUUAAUGCUAAUAAUAUUUUAUCGAAUUGGAUUUUAUACGUAUCCCAUUACUAUUCAACAUCGUUCUUCUUGCUUUAUACAUUAAAUCAGUUUAUGAAUUCUAACCAAAUUGACAGACAAGUAGAAACGUGUUUUUUAAAAAAACAACUAAUUUCUAGUUCCAUGAUGGGAAGAACGUUAAAAUUAAUUGACUCAUAGAGUUGAAAUGGUGGUGACCCAAAGGAAAGUGAACGUUAAGAGGGCAAUUGUCAUUUGGAUUGCAUGUGUAAGCGUAAGGCUAUAAAUAAGUCAAAAUUUGAUUGGUCAGCUAGAAUGCAUGCGCCGUUCAGUUAAAUUAUUCAUGUAGCUUCUGCUAUCUCAUUGGUUAAGAAUAGAAUUGAAGCCAUAUAUAUUUAGUGGAAUGAAGGGAUGCUCAAAUCUAUUUUGUCAAAGUAGUAUGAUACCAGUUCAUUCUACAAUUAUAAAUCAUUUCUCUACAACGAAUUCUGAAUGUGAAGGAUUUGUCACAUCAGACAUAAAAACCGAACCAUACAAUAAGACACCACCAACACAAAGCUCCACUAUCUCCAGAAACUCUAUGAUGAACAGCUUACCCAGUCGUCGAGGUAGACGGUCGACAAUACCACUGGAGAUUCGUGAUGAAGUUCGUCGGUUAAAGAAACGGAACACAGAACGACAACGUCGUGCAUGUAUUUCAGAUAAAAUGAAUGCAUUACAUAAUUUAGCUAUGAAAUUAAUUGGAGAAGAUCCAUCAAAACACUCAAAAAUGGAGAAGAAUGAUAUACUUGGGAUCUGUUAUACGAUAUUUGAAGGAAUCGCCAAAAUUCUGAAGGACAGGCCUGAAUUACUAUCCCGUUUACAUAAUCUUGCUUCAGCUUCACAAGAAACAAAGAACAUUAAACCUAUUUCUCAUCGUUCAGAUUCAAUUAACAUACAACCUAAUGAUUUAAAUUCAUUAUCACAAUCUUUUCAUAAAACUGAACCAAAUUCUAUUCAAAUAAAUCCAUCGAAACUUUCUACUUUUCCUUCAAUCAAUUUACAUAGUCAAGAGGUGAAAAAUAAUUCCAAUCUAAAUAGUUCCAUCCCACUUUCAUGUUCAAAGAUUUUAAAUGAAUCAAAAUCUAAUUUACAGUAUGUUAAUACAAAAUCUAAAUGUCAUACAUUUCGAUUACCAUUAAAAUAUCGUUGGUGUAAAUUAGAAAAUCAAAAUACUACUGAUUAUAUUCAUACAUUGGUGCAAUCUCAUAAUGAUGUGAUUACGAAACAAUGGAAUAAUCCUAUUAUUGAUAAUGAACAAAAAGAAAAUAUUUCACAUUAUAUUAAACAAGAAAAUGUUUGGAGACCAUAUUUAAAUUAAAUUUCUCUUUUUUGAAAUUUUAUUAUUGUUUUUUUACAAAAAUCUUCAUUUAACAUUCCUUGUUACAUAUACUGAAUAGAUUAAUGACUUUUUUUUAUCAGAAGAGGGUUUUGUGCUUCCAGGUGCUUCCAUGGUGGCCUACCUUCAAUUGACUCAUGAUUUUAACUAUAUAAGAUUAAUGAUUUAUUUAUUCAGAUAUAUAUUAGUUAAUUUCUUUUAGUGAUAAAUUAUUUCAAUAGACUAUUGUACAUAAUUAAAAAAUAAAAAUAAAUUCAGUUUUAUUGUUA